CACUAUGUUUCCUUUUCUAAACGUCUGUGGGACAUAAGAUGAAGUAUUUGCUGAAUAAAAUUCAUUUUCAUAAUUUCAUCCUGAGUAAAUUAAUCACACGUAGAGUUUAUGUUAUUCAGUCCCACCCGUAAAAUGAUCCAUCCUUAGAAAGACUAUUUCGCAUUAUUGUAGUGAAAAUGGCAACCACUGAAGAAAUGGAUAUUGACAAGGAGGUCGAAAAGGAUUCCAAUAAUAAACCAGAUAAAAUGUUUACAUUGAAGAAAUGGAAUUUAGUGGCUAUGUGGAGUUGGGACGUUGAGUGUGAUACGUGUGCUAUUUGUAGGGUGCAAGUGAUGGAUGCCUGUUUACGUUGUCAGUCUGAAAAUAAACAAGAUGAUUGUGUUGUUGUAUGGGGUGAAUGUAACCAUUCCUUUCAUAAUUGCUGUAUGUCUUUAUGGGUGAAACAAAAUAACAGAUGUCCACUGUGUCAACAAGAAUGGGUGGUACAGAGAAUUGGUAAAUAGUUUUAAAAAAUUGGAAGGAGCUGACAUGAAUUUAAUGGAGUUGGACUCUUUUUUUCUUGAUGGACGGAACCAAAGGCUUGACCUAUUGGUUCAAGUGGAUAUCACGAUAUAUUAACCAUUAAUAUAUCAGGAUAUAUCACGAUAUGGAUGUAUAUCACGAUAUGGAUGUUUGUCACAAUAUUUCCUAACUAUGGUUUUCACUGAUGGUUUAAAACAGAAUGAUGGUGUUUUUUUUUAUCUACAUGUAAAUAUUUUAUAUGUAAGAAAAACAAUAAAUAUUGGUAAAUUUUGUGGUGCUUAGGACAUUUUGAUUAAAAUUAGCCAGUUAGUCUUCUUCUCUUAUUAUCACAUCUUGUGAUAUCUGAAUUCACUUCCUAAAGUAAAAUAAAACUGAUGCCAUGGUUGGUGUUUAUCUGAUUGAACUUGAUAUUUAGUUGUUAUAUUUGGGCCAUGCCCCUAUUUUCCCCUGAAGAAAUACAAAAUGAAAAAUGAAUUCUACUUUCACUUCCAAAAACGUGAUAGAUGUAUUCUCUGGCUUCUCGCAUAAGAAAAUUUUCACACCCCAUCAUGACUAGUGCCCCCAACCCCCCUCAAAUCUUCUCUCUGCCAUGGAUGUUUGCUCUUAUACAUGAAUAUAGUUAUUGAUUCAUGAAUAGUGAUAAUUAUAUCUAUUACUACAAUUUCUUUCUUUUGUUGUAUACAUGUUUAUAAAAAAAAAUUUGGGAAACAUUUUUUUU